AUGGAUCUAGCGUUGCCCCAUUGUCAUCAAGACGCCAAAUUGUCCAGGAUCUUCGGCUGGGGUGACUUCUACUCCAACCUCAAGACGGUGAAGCUCAACCUGCUGAUCAUGGGCAAAAUUGUUGACCACGGCAACGGCUGGACAUCUACUUCUGCCACAACUCCACAGGUGAAUGCAACGUGUCCAUCAGCCUGGUGCUGCCCGCAAAGGAGGUGGAGUUCGACCUGGAGCGCAAGAGUAUGCUCCACCCCAAGGACUCCAAGACCUUCAACUGUCAGGUGGAGUACGAGAAGGUGGAGCACAAUAACCGGGUGGCCCUCUGCAACUACGACCCAUCCAAGACCUGUUCCCAGGAGCAGACCCAGAGCCAUGUGACCUGUAUGUGUUCCAUGGAUCAUCUGCAUCUACGCGUCUUUCUAUAG